GUUUCAUUCCCCCGACGAGCACUAGUUGCCCCACCAGCAAGAAGAACCAACCAGAGGUGACUCACCAAUGGCUUCAACUUCCGCAGUUUCCAUGGCCAUGCCACCAGCUUGCGCCGCCCACAAGAAGGCGGCGCCACCCACAUCCACAUUCUUCCAGCCACUGCCUCUCCGACCUUCAAACAAGGUCGCCGUAUCCAGUCCCAGUUCCAGGCUUGUAGUGAGGGCCUCCCUUAAGGAGAAGGCCGUCACUGGUCUCACCGCCGCCGCUUUGACAGCUUCCAUGAUGGCUCCCGAUGUGGCUGAAGCCGCCGUCUCGCCGUCUCUCAAGAACUUCUUGCUGAGCAUCGCCGCCGGUGGGGUCGUGCUUGCCGCCAUUGUUGGCGCCGUCAUCGGUGUUGCCAACUUCGAUCCCGUCAAGCGAAGCUGAGGAGAAGUGCAUCAUACCUCUCUUCAUCCACCUUUUAGAAUUUGUCCUGUCAUGUGUAUGUCCAAUUUACAUUGUUAUUCAGUAAUGAACUGUGUUGUGUGUAAUAUGUCACUCUUCAUCUCCAGAUGAGCUCAGACUUUUUCCAAUUCUUAAAUUCCAUGUUUGCGGCUGCCUAUGAACGAAGUUAACAUGCAGACCCAAUAUUU